CCAGCUUCCACAUUUUGCAGUUGACUGUGUGGGAUCUUCCUAGGUUCAUCCCUCAUUCUCAGGCCCAAUCCUUGCACGCUGUGCAGCCAGAGAAAAUGAGAGCACAUCCUCUGCCAUUUUCAGCCGGUUGCUGCCGGCAGCCCAGCCCCCUUCCCUUGGUGGUGGCAGUCGCCGGAGUUCCGGCGCCCAGGAGCGGCACCCGAUCCGCGCGACCUGCGAUCCAGUCCGCCUUUGCCGAGCGCCGUUCUGCCGGGCUUGGUGAUAAGAACUCUCCUGUGAGAGCGAGCGAACGAGACUUUAGUCCGGUUUCCAUGUCAACGAUUCAGUCCAUAUUUGCCAUCAGGCUGUCGGUGGCAGAGGCGCUUUCGUGCGGGGAGCGCUGUCCUAGCCCUGUAAUCUGCGCCGGGAUUCCUGAGCUGCCUGGGUGUGGGGUGAAAAGGCAGGGGCUGUGGGGGAAAAAUACCCACCGAGGGGAGGACCCACGGCCCGGAGUCGGGGUCUCGCUGCUCGGGCCAGCCACGUGCCCGCUCCUCCCCUCCCCCUUUCCCGUUCCCUGUGCCCCUGGGGAAAGCGGAUGGACCAGUUUCUAAGAAAGUUCCUCAGCCCAGCAGUCCUUAGGUUAACGUUGUUGAGCUUUGAGUGGAAGGGCUUGAGAGAGAAAAUAAAAAGGAAAUUAAAAAGUAGGGAAGUAACACACUACCUCUCCUGACCCAGGUGGAUAUAUUUUUAUGCACUUUGCCUCAUUGCUAGAUUAAAAUGGUGACUGUUUUCAAAACAGCGUGACCACGUGUAGGGGAAGGGAUUUUGGCGCUUUUCAUAUUCACGGCCAUGGAAGAAGGCCAUGUGGACUUUCCUUGAAGACAAAUCCAUUCUGGCUUCCAGAUUUUCACUGGGCUCCAGGUUUCCCAUUACACCCCAGCUCUGAGGAAAAUGGCAGGGACCUAAUGCACCAGUGGAGUUGUUGCUCCUGAGGACCGUGAAUGAAAAGAGGGCACUGGUCCAUACCAGCCAGUCCCAUCAUCUUGGCAGCCAUCCAGUCCAAUGGAUCAGAUGGGAAAGAUGAGACCUCAGCCGUAUGGUGGGACUAACCCAUACACGCAACAACAGGGACCUCCUUCAGGACCGCAGCAAGGACAUGGGUACCCAGGGCAGCCAUAUGGGUCCCAGACUCCACAGCGGUACCCAAUGACCAUGCAGGGCCGGGCUCAGAGUGCCAUGGGCGGCCUCUCUUAUGCACAGCAGAUUCCACCUUAUGGACAGCAAGGCCCCAGUGGGUAUGGUCAGCAGGGCCAGACUCCAUACUAUAACCAGCAAAGUCCUCAUCCCCAGCAACAACAGCCACCUUACUCCCAGCAGCCACCAUCCCAGACCCCUCAUGCGCAGCCUUCAUAUCAGCAGCAGCCGCAGACUCAGCAGCCACAGCUUCAGUCCUCUCAGCCUCCGUAUUCCCAGCAGCCGUCCCAGCCUCCACAUCAGCAGUCCCCAACUCCGUACCCCUCCCAGCAGUCCACUGCACAACAGCAUCCCCAGAGCCAGCCCCCCUACUCACAACCGCAGGCACAGUCUCCCUACCAGCAGCAGCAACCUCAGCAGCCAGCAUCCUCGACGCUCUCCCAGCAGGCUGCAUACCCUCAGCCCCAGCCUCAGCAGUCCCAGCAAACUGCUUACUCCCAGCAGCGCUUCCCUCCACCACAGGAGCUUUCUCAAGAUUCAUUUGGGUCUCAGGCAUCCUCAGCCCCCUCAAUGACCUCCAGUAAAGGGGGGCAAGAAGAUAUGAACUUGAGUCUUCAGUCAAGACCCUCCAGCUUGCCUGAUCUAUCUGGUUCAAUAGAUGAUCUCCCCAUGGGGACAGAAGGAGCUCUGAGUCCUGGCGUGAGCACAUCAGGGAUUUCCAGCAGCCAAGGAGAGCAGAGUAAUCCAGCGCAGUCUCCUUUUUCUCCUCAUACCUCCCCUCACCUGCCUGGCAUCCGAGGCCCCUCCCCAUCCCCUGUUGGCUCUCCUGCCAGUGUCGCUCAGUCUCGCUCAGGACCACUCUCGCCUGCUGCAGUGCCAGGCAACCAGAUGCCACCUCGGCCACCCAGUGGCCAAUCAGACAGCAUCAUGCAUCCUUCCAUGAAUCAAUCAAGCAUUGCCCAAGAUCGAGGUUAUAUGCAGAGGAACCCACAGAUGCCCCAGUACACUUCCCCUCAGCCCGGCUCAGCCUUAUCUCCACGACAGCCUUCUGGAGGACAGAUGCACACAGGCAUGGGCUCCUACCAGCAGAACUCCAUGGGGAGCUAUGGUCCCCAGGGGAGUCAGUAUGGCCCACAAGGAGGCUACCCUAGGCAGCCUAACUAUAAUGCCUUGCCCAAUGCCAACUACCCCAAUGCAGGCAUGGCUGGAAGUAUGAACCCUAUGGGUGCCGGAGGUCAAAUGCACGGGCAGCCUGGAAUCCCACCUUAUGGCACACUCCCUCCAGGGAGAAUGACCCAUGCGUCAAUGGGCAACAGGCCUUAUGGCCCUAAUAUGGCCAAUAUGCCACCUCAGGUUGGGUCAGGGAUGUGUCCCCCACCAGGGGGGAUGAACCGGAAAACUCAAGAGUCUGCUGUUGCCAUGCAUGUUGCAGCCAACUCUAUCCAAAACAGACCACCAGGCUACCCAAAUAUGAAUCAAGGGGGCAUGAUGGGAACUGGACCUCCUUAUGGACAGGGGAUUAACAGUAUGGCUGGGAUGAUCAACCCUCAGGGACCCCCAUAUCCUAUGGGUGGGACCAUGGCCAACAAUUCAGCAGGGAUGGCAGCCAGCCCAGAGAUGAUGGGCCUUGGGGAUGUUAAGUUAACUCCAGCCACAAAAAUGAACAACAAGGCAGAUGGGACACCCAAGACAGAAUCCAAAUCUAAGAAAUCCAGCUCUUCUACUACAACCAAUGAGAAGAUCACCAAGUUGUAUGAGCUGGGUGGCGAGCCAGAGAGGAAGAUGUGGGUGGACCGAUACCUGGCCUUCACAGAGGAGAAGGCCAUGGGUAUGACGAACCUGCCCGCUGUGGGCAGGAAGCCUCUGGACCUCUAUCGCCUCUAUGUGUCUGUGAAGGAGAUUGGUGGACUGACUCAGGUCAACAAGAACAAGAAAUGGCGGGAACUUGCAACCAACCUCAAUGUGGGUACAUCAAGCAGUGCAGCCAGCUCCCUGAAGAAGCAAUACAUCCAGUGUCUCUACGCCUUUGAGUGCAAGAUCGAACGGGGAGAAGACCCUCCCCCAGACAUUUUUGCAGCUGCUGAUUCCAAGAAGUCCCAGCCCAAGAUCCAGCCUCCCUCUCCUGCGGGAUCGGGAUCUAUGCAGGGACCACAAACUCCUCAGUCAACCAGCAGUUCAAUGGCAGAAGGAGGAGAUCUGAAGCCUCCAACUCCAGCCUCUACACCACACAGUCAGAUUCCCCCCUUACCAGGCAUGAGCAGGAGCAACUCAGUUGGAAUCCAGGAUGCCUUUCCUGAUGGAAGUGACCCCACAUUCCAGAAGCGGAAUUCCAUGACUCCAAACCCUGGGUACCAGCCCAGUAUGAAUACCUCCGACAUGAUGGGACGCAUGUCCUAUGAGCCAAAUAAGGAUCCUUAUGGCAGCAUGAGGAAAGCUCCAGGAAGUGAUCCCUUCAUGUCCUCAGGGCAGGGCCCCAAUGGUGGCAUGGGUGACCCCUACAGCCGUGCUGCUGGCCCUGGGCUGGGAAAUGUGGCUAUGGGACCACGACAGCACUAUCCCUAUGGAGGUCCUUACGACAGAGUGAGGACGGAGCCUGGAAUUGGGCCUGAAGGAAAUAUGGGCACUGGGGCCCCCCAGCCAAAUCUCAUGCCUUCCACAGCAGACUCGGGGAUGUAUUCUCCUAGCCGCUACCCCCCGCAGCAGCAGCAGCAGCAGCAGCAACGACAUGAUUCCUAUGGCAAUCAGUUUUCCACCCAAGGCACCCCUUCCAGCAGUCCCUUCCCCAGCCAGCAGGCCACACUCUAUCAGCAGCAGCAGCAGAAUUAUAAGAGGCCGAUGGAUGGUACAUAUGGUCCUCCUGCCAAGCGUCACGAAGGGGAGAUGUACAGUGUGCCAUACAGCACUGGGCAGGGGCAGCCUCAACAGCAACAGUUGCCUACAGCCCAGUCCCAGUCUGCCAGCCAGCAACAAGCUGCCCAGCCUUCCCCUCAGCAAGAUGUGUACAACCAGUACAGCAAUGCCUAUCCUGCUACUGCCACCGCUGCUACUGAGCGCCGACCAGCAGGCGGCCCCCAGAACCAAUUUCCAUUCCAGUUUGGCCGAGACCGGGUCUCUGCACCUCCUGGUUCCAAUGCCCAGCAGAACAUGCCACCACAAAUGAUGGGCGGUCCUAUGCAGUCAUCAGCUGAGGUUGCUCAGCAAGGCACCAUGUGGCAGGGGCGUAAUGACAUGACCUACAAUUAUGCCAACAGGCAGAGUACAGGCUCUGCCCCCCAGAGUGCUGCUUAUCAUGGUGUGAACCGAACAGACGAAAUGCUCCACACAGAUCAGAGGGCCAACCAUGAAGGCCCAUGGCCUUCCCAUGGCACACGCCAGCCUCCAUAUGGUCCUUCAGCCCCUGUUCCCCCCAUGACAAGACCCUCUCCAUCUAACUACCAGCCCCCACCAAGCAUACAGAAUCACAUUCCUCAGGUAUCCAGCCCCGCUCCCCUACCCCGGCCAAUGGAGAACCGUACCUCUCCUAGCAAGUCUCCAUUCCUGCACUCUGGGAUGAAAAUGCAGAAGGCAGGCCCACCGGUGCCUGCUUCACACAUAGCGCCUGCCCCUGUGCAGCCCCCUAUGAUUCGGCGGGAUAUUACCUUUCCACCUGGUUCCGUUGAGGCCACACAGCCUGUGCUGAAGCAGAAAAGGCGGCUCACAAUGAAAGACAUUGGAACCCCGGAGGCAUGGCGGGUAAUGAUGUCCCUCAAGUCUGGGCUCCUGGCAGAGAGCACGUGGGCGUUAGACACCAUUAACAUCCUGCUAUAUGAUGACAACAGCAUCAUGACCUUCAGCCUCAGUCAGCUCCCAGGGUUGCUAGAGCUCCUUGUGGAAUAUUUCCGUCGAUGCCUGAUUGAGAUCUUUGGCAUUUUAAAGGAGUAUGAGGUGGGGGACCCAGGACAGAGAACACUGCUAGACCCUGGGAGAUUCAGCAAGGUGUCUAGUCCAUCCCCCACAGAGGAGGAAGAGGAAGAUCUCCUAGAACCUAAACUGGAGGAGGAGGGGGAAGUGGUUGAAAAUGAUGAGGAGCUGGCCUUCUUAGGCAAGGACAAGCCAGCUUCAGAGAAUAGUGAGGAGAAGCUAGUCAGUAAGUUUGACAAGCUUCCGGUGAAGAUUGUACAGAAGAACGACCCAUUUGUGGUAGACUGCUCAGAUAAGCUUGGGCGGGUGCAGGAGUUUGACAGUGGCCUGCUGCACUGGCGGAUUGGUGGUGGGGAUACCACUGAGCAUAUCCAGACCCACUUUGAAAGCAAGGUAGAGCUGCUGCCUUCCCGGCCUUAUAUGCCCUGCCCAACGCCCCCUCGGAAACACCUUACAACAAUAGAGGGUACACAAGGGACAGCGGAGCAGGAGGGGCCCCCGCCUGAUGGCCUUCCAGAGAAAAGGAUCACAGCCACUAUGGAUGACAUGUUGUCCACCCGGUCUAGCACGUUGACUGAUGAGGGAACAAAGAGUGCAGAGGCCACCAAGGAAAGCAGCAAGUUUCCAUUUGGCAUUAGCCCAGCACAGAGCCACCGGAACAUUAAGAUUUUAGAGGAUGAACCCCACAGUAAGGAUGAGACCCCACUGUGUACCCUUCUGGACUGGCAGGAUUCCCUUGCUAAGCGCUGUGUCUGUGUCUCUAAUACCAUCCGCAGCCUGUCAUUUGUGCCAGGCAACGACUUUGAGAUGUCCAAACACCCGGGGCUAUUGCUUAUCCUGGGCAAGCUGAUCCUACUGCACCACAAGCAUCCAGAACGGAAGCAGGCGCCACUAACUUAUGAGAAGGAGGAGGAACAGGACCAAGGGGUGAGCUGUGACAAAGUGGAGUGGUGGUGGGACUGCUUGGAGAUGCUCCGGGAAAACACGCUGGUCACCCUUGCCAACAUCUCGGGGCAGUUGGACCUAUCCCCGUACCCUGAGAGCAUCUGCCUGCCUGUGCUGGACGGACUCCUACACUGGGCAGUUUGCCCUUCAGCUGAAGCCCAGGACCCUUUCUCCACCCUCGGCCCCAAUGCCGUCCUGUCUCCCCAGAGGUUGGUCUUGGAAACCCUCAGCAAACUCAGCAUCCAGGACAACAAUGUGGACCUGAUACUGGCCACGCCCCCCUUUAGCCGCCUGGAGAAGUUGUAUAGUACCAUGGUGCGCUUCCUCAGUGACCGAAAGAACCCAGUGUGCCGGGAGAUGGCCGUGGUACUGCUGGCCAAUCUGGCACAGGGGGACAGCCUGGCAGCCCGGGCCAUUGCAGUGCAGAAGGGCAGCAUCGGCAACCUCCUGGGCUUCCUAGAGGACAGCCUUGCUGCCACACAGUUCCAGCAGAGCCAGGCCAGCCUCCUCCACAUGCAGAACCCACCCUUUGAACCAACUAGUGUGGACAUGAUGCGGCGGGCGGCCCGUGCGCUGCUUGCCCUGGCCAAGGUGGACGAGAACCACUCAGAGUUCACUCUCUAUGAGUCACGGCUGUUGGACAUCUCGGUGUCACCAUUGAUGAACUCAUUGGUUUCACAAGUCAUUUGUGAUGUACUGUUUUUGAUUGGCCAGUCAUGACAGCCGUGGGACACCUCCCCUCCCUGUGUGUGUGUGAGUGUGUGGAGAACUUAGAAACUGACUGUUGCCCUUUAUUUAUGCAAAACCACCUCAGAAUCCAGUUUACCCUGUGCUGUCCAGCUUCUCCCUUGGGAAAGUCUCUCCCCACCCCCAAUCCCUCACACCUUUCUGUUCCUCAUCCUCACCUGCUUCCCUCAGGACCCCACCCUAUUUGAAAAGACAAAGCUCUGCCUACAUAGAAGACUUUUUUAUUUUAACCAAAGUUACUGUUGUUUACAGUGAGUUUGGGGAAAAAAUGGCUUUCCCGGUUCUUGCAUCAACGGGAUGCCACAUUUCAUAACUGUUUUUAAUGCUUAAAAAAAAAAAAAAGGAAAAAAAAAAUACAAAAAAAACCCUGAAGGACAAAAGGUGACUGCUGAACUGUGUGGUUUAUUGUUGUCCAUUCACAAUCUCGCAGGAGCCGAGAAGUUGGCAGUUGUGAGCAGACCCUGUUGACUGGAGAGGCCUGUGCAGUAGAGUGUAGACCCUUCCAUGUACUGUACUGUACACCUGCUACUGUAAACAUACUGUAAUAAUAAUGUCUCCAUGGAAAUGAGAGAAGGCGCUGGCUCAGCAGCAAGCUGUAGUUUUUAAAAAUGUUUUUAGUUCAAUGUUGAGGAGAAAAAAAAAGGCUUUUCCCCCAAAGUAUCAUGUGUGAACCUACAACACCCUGACCUCUUUCUCUCCUCCUUGAUUGUAUGAAUAACCCUGAGAUCACCUCUUAGACUGGUUUUAACCUUUAGCUGCAGCGGCUGCGCUGCCACGUGUGUAUAUAUGAUGUUGUACAUUGCACAUACCCUGAAGCUCCACAGUUGGUCCCCUUCCCAGCCACCCCUUUAUAGUAUGACGAGUUAACAAGUUGGUGACCUGCACAAAGCGAGACACAGCUAUUUAAUCUCUUGCCAGACAUCGCUCUUCGUGGUGCGAUGCUGUACAGGUCUCUGUAAAAAGUCCUUGCUGUCUCGGCAGCCAAUCAACUUAUAGUUUAUUUUUUCUGGGUUUUUGUUUUGUUUUGUUUCCUUUCUAAUCGAGGUGUGAAAAAGUUCUAGGUUCAGUUGAAGUUCCUGAUGAAGAAACACAAUUGAGAUUUUUUCAGUGAUAAAAUCUGCAUAUUUGUAUUUCAACAAUGUAGCUACAAACUUGAUGUAAAUUCCUCCUUUUUUUCCUUUUUUGGCUUAAUGAAUAUCAUUUAUUCAGUAUGAAAUCUUUAUACUAUAUGUUCCACGUGUUAAGAAUAAAUGUACAUUAAAUCUUGGUAA